AUGUCUCUUUUUGAGGGCCAUCGAUUCCUCAUCAUACAGUCCAGUGAGCUGUCUGCGACCAAGGCAGAGAACCUGAAGAAGCAGAUCAUUAGCACUGGAUACGAUGAGGAGGGUGGCAUCCUGAUCAAGCGGAACUCUGACCUGAUUCCAGUUUCUAACGAGAAACUGGCAAAAGUCACACUGAUAGUCUCGAACACGGUAGAUUUUGUGGAGUACCAGCUCGCGGAAGAAUUGAUGAUUCCGGUUGUGCGAGAUGCGUGGGUGGUAGACUCAAUUGCUGCAAACCUGAUCGAGACGUUGCGAUCGUAUUCACCUGAUCCCAAAUACUUCCUUAGCAGUGUAAGCAUAUGUUGCGCAGCUUCGAUCUGCAAAGGCGAUAAGGAGGCCCUGUUCAGCGCCGUGCGCUCAUUUGGCGGAAUACACACAGACCAUCUGUCCCGAAGAACAACCCAUCUGAUUGCCGUUGACACAGACGACGACAUGUGCCGUAUGGCUAUCGCAUUCAACCAGGCUUGUGAGCGAGACGUUAUUAGGAUUGUGAGGCCCGAAUGGCUUCUAGACAGUAUUAUAUCUAAACACAGACUCGAGGAGGACAGAUAUGGUGUUGGCUCUAAGGAGCGAUACGCAGAGCCGGUGACUUCUGCUCUGUUCAAAGGACGGACAUUUUUUUUGGAUGAUGAUUUUAAUAUCUCGAGCCGAGUGAGCUCUAGCCUGAAAACACUCAUAGAACAGCACGGAGGCAAGGUGGAUUCUGAAGAUCGGGCAGACACCUACAUUGGGAAGUAUCGAGUUGGUGAUAUGUACCAGCUCGCGAACCAGGAGAAAUGGCCUACCGGAAACCUGAAUUGGCUAUUCUGGAUGCUGUUGCACGAGGAGUGGAUCACUCCAGGUAAAAUAAUGCUCCACUAUCCAUAUCCUAAAGAACCCCUAGAAGGGAUGGAUAGGGUGGUGGUCUCCGUUACGCAUUAUAGUGGCGAUUCACGCUUGUAUUUACAGCAGCUGGUGGAAAUCAUGGGCGGAACGUUUACGAAAAAUCUUCGACAAUUCACCACCACGCAUCUGCUUGUCGCGAAGCCGACGGGCGAAAAGUACAAAUACGCACAGGAGUGGAAUAUCAAAUGCCUGAACCAUCUAUGGCUCGAGGAAAGUUAUGCCAAAUGGGAGCUCCAAGAUGACUCUGACCCCCGCUACUUGAAGUUCGGGGACCAGCUGGACGUUGCGCAUGCUGUUGGUCACACAAGCUUAGAGAUCGGAUUGACCAGUAGCCAGAACACGCGAAUGGAUUCCCAAGAUGUGUCUAGCUCACUGGAAAUGCCACGCAAAAAGCUCAAACCAAACAGCAAACCGUACGAUAUCGUUGCAAUACUGACCGGUUGUGAUAGGGAGUUCAGUGCUUCUGAUCUCCGAAAUUUCAGCAAAGUGGGUAUCAAGGUUGUCGAACAGCCGACAAACUCCCUUAAUUGCAUUAUUGCUCCUGGCAUUCUUCGAACCGAGAAGUUUCUCAAGUCGUUAAGCAAAAGCCCAAAAUAUUUACUCACGCCCAUGUUCCUCAUAGACGUUCUCGCUACCAUAAACUCGCAUAAACUAGACAAUUUUGAGCGCGUGAAACCACGAAUUGACAAGUAUAAUUUAUCAAGACAUAUCAACUUCAAGAAAGACCCCAAGAUGAAAGAGCUAUUCCUCGAUCCCUCGCUAGGUGCGCAGAAUAUCGUCAAUUUGAUUGAACAUUCAAACUCCAAACUAUUUGAAACGGGGGACUUCUGUAUCUCAGCUACGAUCCCAGGCGGGCCAGACCUAAUCAGUAGUAUUGUGAAGUCAUUUGGUUGCCAGGUGUGCCUGAUCUUUGACAAGAAAACCAAGAGACUGCCAAAAAAGGUGGCAGCUACAAGAUAUCUACUCUGCGAAGCAAAAGAUGAGCCGCUACAGGCCCAUUUUCGCAAACUGGCCGAGGGGGAGCAUUACCGUAUUGUGGAGUGGAAUUGGGUCGUGAUGUCCAUAUUCAAUACCAAAUUAGUGGAUAGAUUCAUAAUUAAUGAGAGCUAA